AUGGCUCUCAGCUUCUUCAGCAGUGGCGGAAGCUCAAGUAGCGCCAAGUACUUCGACAUUAGACUCAACGAUGAAUAUAUUGUAUUUCGCGGUGGUGAACAUGAAGCCGCCAGCGCCCACCUGCGGGGCACUCUGAUUCUGUGUCUGUCAGAGCCCUUGACCAUCAAACACCUGCGCCUGCAGCUAACGGGCAUGUCCCGCGUCUGGUAUGUGUCGCAACCACCCCCGCCGAGAUGGCUGCUAACCGAAAAUUUCAGCUGGCAACUCCCCUCGACCUCAGCCUCCGGGGGCCGCAAAUCGUGGCGGGAGCGGGUCUUCUACGAGAAGACAUGGCGAUUCCGGGACCCGGGUAAGGGAAAGACCGAGAUUCUUCCGGCGGGCAAUUACGAGUACCCCUUCGAUGUCAUCUUGGAGGGCUCCAUGCCCGAGAGCGUGGAGGGAUUGACCGAGACCUGGGUCAUGUACCGCUUCAAGGCCGAAAUCGGGCGCAAGUACGCCAAAGACAUUGUCGCCCGCAAGCCCCUCCGCAUUAUCCGCACGCUGGACCCCAGCGCCCUGGAACUCUCACAUGCAAUGUCCGUGGACAACAUCUGGCCCAACAAGAUCGAAUAUUCCAUCAGCACUCCAACCAAGGCGAUCGUCUUUGGAACCGCCAUCCAUGUCGAUUUCAAACUGAUCCCGCUCCUGAAGGGCCUUCGAAUCGGCACCAUUACGUCACAAUUGAUUGAAAGUCAUGAUCUCACCCUGAAUCCCGAAGACCCUGACUCGAUUCGCAACACCUAUAAAAUUACCAGGACAAUUCUGACCGACGAGCAUGAGAUGGACGAGGACAGCUUUGAAAUCAUUGACGAAGCGGCGGAGGGAUACCAUUGCGCGCGCGUGCUUGACAUGCCGCAGACCUUGACCCGCUGUCUGCAGGACACAGACACCAAGGGAAUCAAAGUUCGCCAUAAGCUCAAGUUCCGCAUUCAGCUGCACAACCCGGAUGGACAUGUUAGCGAGGUGAGUAUCAGCAGCUCUGUGGGAUCGACCAGGCUAACAUUCAAACAGCUCCGCGCUACGCUUCCAGUCUCUAUUUUCAUCUCACCUCACCUCACCAUUGACGAAAAUAACAAUCUCCGAGGGCAAACUCCUCAAACGACCCGGGUCGCUGUGGAUGAGUUCGCCCACCAAGCCCCUCCCCUGUACGGCGAGCACACUUUCGAUCAGCUAUACAGUGAACUUGACCCCAGUGGUUAUCGCACACCGGGUCCCGGCAGUGGCCCUGGCACUCCGUUCGGCCCUCUCAGUCGCAACAUGUCCUCUGAAAACCUGGCUUCCAUGAAUGCCUUGACCAACACCGAUAUCUCCGCUUCGGCGCUGCACCACCGUCUCACUAAUCUAAAUACCAACACGCGACACCACCCCGCUACGCCUAGUGCAAUGACACCCGGUGUGAUGACCCCCAGCGAUGGAUUCCAUGGGUCCCAGUCCCCGAUCGAUGGCCACAACAUCCACCGUCAACUCGGUGUCCCGAAUGACUACUUCGGCCCCUCAUCCGGAUCCAACUCACACAGCCAUGGCAGCCCCGAAUUGUCCCGCCGACCCUCCGACGAAGUGGAACACGAGACCCUUCCCUCCGGCAUGGCGACUCCCUUUCACCCCCAGUACGCCGAGGUGGAGACUCUCAGCCGAGUACCCAGCUACUCCACCGCCGUGCGGUGCGCAGUUCGACCCUGCGAUUCAGGUCUACCAGACUACAACGCUGUGAUCGCCAGCAGCUUGCCCACAAUCUCCGUCCCCCAAUCCCCCCAACAGGCCUACCUUCGCAGUGGCCGUACCAGUGGGAUUGCGACCCCCCUAGAGGUGCAUAACCGCCCCGGAUACUUCCAUUCCCACGGCACCCAUGCUGAUGAUGAGGAUCGCAGACUUAGACUUGAGCAAGCGCGCGCCAGAGCAUGA